AUGGCAGACAUCACUGAGACUCAGUCAUCGCGGACGGCCAUCGGUAUCUCCUUUGGCAACAGCUACUCGUCCAUUGCCUACACCACCUCACUAGGCGAGGCCGCAGUGAUCGCAAACGAGGAGGGCGACCGACAGAUUCCUACCAUCCUCAGCUAUGUCUCCGGCGAAGAGUUCCAAGGCACACAAGCAAAGUCGCAGAUCGUACGGAAUCCUCGAAAUACGAUAGCAUACUUCCGAGACUUCGUUGGAAAGAGCUUCAAGGAAAUCGACCCGACUCCUUGCCACUCCUCCGCGCAUCCCAUCGACAAGAACGGUGAGGUAGUGUUCGAAGUGCAAGAGAAGGAGGAGGGAGACAAGAGUAGUUUGAGCGUCAGCGAAGUCACCACACGGCAUUUGAGGAGGCUGAAGCAGAGUGCUAGCGAUUAUCUUGGAAAGGACGUAACUGCUGCUGUCGUCACCGUCCCGACUGAUUUCUCAGAUGCGCAAAAGACUGCGUUGAGCAAGUCUGCUUCUGCAGCAGGCAUCGAAGUUCUCCAGUACAUUUCUGAGCCAAUCUCUGCACUUCUCGCACACGAUGCAAAGGUCCAGGCCGCUGGCGAGGCACAGCCUGCGCAACAGGAUAAGGUCGUGGUUGUGGCGGACCUUGGAGGUAGGCGAUCCGAUGUUGCUGUUGUUGCGAGCAGAAAUGGUGUCUACACCACUCUUGCGACCACGCAUGACUAUGGACUUGGUGGCGCAACAUUGGACAAGACGCUCAUCGAGUACGCUGCAAAAGAAUUCUUGAAGAAGAACAAGGGCGCAAAAGACCCACGGGAGACGGAGAAGAGCUUGUCGAAGCUUACUUUGGAGGCUGAGGCCGUCAAGAAGGCGCUCAGCAUUGGUCAGACUGCUCUUUUCUCCAUCGAGAGCUUGGUGGAUGGCAUCGAUUUCAGCUUGAGCGUCAACCGCUCACGAUUCGAAAUCCUUGGUGUCAAGGUGUUCAUGGCCUUCACUCGCCUCAUCGAGAGUGCUGUGCAGAAGGCAGACUUGGAUGUGCUGGACGUUGAUGAGAUUCUACUCUCUGGCGGCACUUCUCACGUCCCGAAGAUCGCCUCUAGCUUGCAGUCACACUUCCCAGAAUCUGCUGUCAUCAUCGCACCAAGCACUACCCCAUCUGCCGUCAACCCAUCAGAACUUACCGCACGAGGAGCCGCCAUCCAGGCAUCGCUCAUCUCGGAAUUCGAGCAGUCGGACAUCGUUGAGAACACCGAGGCGGUGGUCACUGUCACUCCCCACUUGCAGCACGCCAUUGGUCUUAUUACUGGCAAGCAGGGUGAAGAGCAAUUCUCCGUCAUCGUCCCAUCGGAGACCGCUGUCCCAGCGCGGAGAACAGCACAAAUACCAGUUCCAAGCGGAGGCGACGUUCUGCUUAGACUUGCAGAAGGUGUACGUGAAAUCAAGGUCACACAGGAAGAGAAGCCAGCAACCAACGGCACCAAGGACGAGGAUGACUCCGAUGACGACUCUGAAGACGAUGAGGCGGAGGAGAUCCGCAGUAAGGAAUGGAAGGUCGGCAAGCCAUUGGCUGAGGUCGGCAUCAAGGGCGUGAAGAAGGGCGGCAAGGUCGAGAUUCAGAUUAAUGUUGCUGCUGAUCUGACACUUACUGUUGUGGCACGAGAAGUUGGUGGCAAGGGUGGUGUACGAGGCACGAUCGAGGCAGGCAAGACCAGGCAGAAUGGAAGCGCAUAAGAUAGACGAGAGGGACGGGACUGGGAUAAAAGUGCACUGCAUAGAGCGUUCAGGCGCAAGAUGGGUGGAUGCGAAUCAUCGGAGAAGACCAAGAUAGAUCAGCUGCGAACAUGAGCGUUUUCGUUUGCA